CAUAUAUAUGUUAUAUCUAAAAAUUAUUGAAUAUACAAAUUUUAUUUACAACAAUUGUUAUUUUCUAAUCUAUUGUAGUAGUUAUAGAGAACUUCAUAGACUCAUAUAUAACAAUUGUUUCUAUUUGUUGUUUCAGGAGGAAGUACUGGUUUGACGGCAGGGCAGUACCGACAGAUGGUAAACGGAACGCUAGAGUUAGAAUGGUUCUGUGACAGAUGUAUCAACGAAGCGCCCGAAAAUACACCAGCUUCUCCAUUACAAGAUGAACUGAUGAACAUCACGUACGUUGUCCAAGACGAUGAAGUCCACCAGAUGCAAGAAGAUGAGUCAACCGUCAUGAACACGAAUUCAACCUACCUAGAAGACAGAUCCUUUCAUAUCAAUGAACGAGACCACAACCGACAGCAGGCCCACCUGACGCUAGAUUACCUACAGAUAUUCCGCUAGAUGAUGUAAUACUACCAGACGGGCCAUUGACUUUCGAACUCGUAGAUGGGGGUACCAAGCGUGAGGCACCGAAACCUGUCAGUAGUGAUGGUCACACAUAUACUCGUAUGAGGACGGUGGGAGAGCGAAUUUAUUGGAGAUGUAGUGUCAGAAAUAAAAACCUGAAGUGUGGUGCCAACGUAAAACAGUACAAAGACCUGUUCACUCCUAGUGUUAACGGGCAUCAACACCAACCUGAGCCCGGCGCAUUGAAGAAGACGAAGAUAGCAGCUAAGGAGAUGUCCAGACAAGACGUAUUUAAACCGGCUGCCGAAAUAGUGGAUACAGUGAUGACGCAGAUGACAACAAACGGGGACAUCUUACAGAAACCCGAACUUCUUACCAGGGCAGCAAAUCUACACCGACAGAAACUGAGGCCAAAUGAACCAACAGAUCUGGAAUUUGAUUUGACAAGGAUCAACACACGAGCAGGACGUGCGGACUUGGGAUUGUACAUGUUACUACCAUUAUUAUAGAGGGAGGCCGAGGUUGUUGAUCUUCAAAUUCGUCUAGUUUCGCAGCAUCUCUUGACAAGACUACAUCGUAAAAGUUACGCCAGAAUCCAUGGAGCCUUAUUCGACGCCUGGGACAAGUACGAAGAUGAUGAGAUGACUACUUCCCAACUACUGAGACUGUGCAGUCACAUCACCGGAAUAGGAUGCAACAACAUCAACGACGGGAUUUAUGAGGACGGUUUUUAAGUGUUAUAUAUAAAAGUGAUGAAUAAAGAAUACAAAAAUUUACAGGUUUCACUAAAUGUGUAUAUAUUUGUGUAAAUUUUAAAAAAUUUCUUUUUUUCAGGUUUUACUUUCGUAUAUACGUAUAUAUAUAUUUAUUUAUGUAUAUGUUAAUGUAAUAAAAACGUUUAAAUCAUAGUUUUAUAUCUUUUGAGUGGUGAAUAAAGAAUUGUUGUUUAUUACAUAGAAAUCAUGAUGUAUUCUUUUGAAUAAUAUGCAUACCUCAUUUGUUUAUAUAGAG